AUGUCCACACACGACGCACGGUUACGUCGGUUACGUGGGCCCACGACGGUGCUGUUCUCGGUGACCCUGAUACUGGUGAUCCUACUUCUGAUCGCCCCCAACCCGGCGGCCAGUGCCAGUACCGGUACCGGUGGUAGCAGUGCAAAUAGUGGUGGUUCCUGUGGCCUCCGGAAGGCACAGAACGAAACGAUCUAUCCGGGCAUUGCGAUCGAACCGGGCGAGUGGCCCUGGCAUACGCUCAUCUACUAUUGGUCCGGUUCGCGGCUCGAUCCACCGGCACGGAUCUGCGAAGGUGCGCUACUCAGUGAUCGGUUCGUGCUGGCCGCCGCCCACUGUCUCAGUGUCGUCCGUGGUGCCCGUCCCGGGACCGUCGGUCACGGUGCACUACUACCGGCCCAUCAGCUCGUCGUACACGUCGGUGCCGUAUCGGUGCAGCAGGACAACGAACACUCGCACCGGUUCCAGGUGCGCAACGUUACGGUCGAGGAUGAGUCGGACCUGGCGUUGAUCGAGCUGCUGGUCGCAGAUCGGUGGCGAUCGAUGCCGGUCUGUCUGGUGAAUGCACUCGAUCUGACCACCCUGUACGGUGCCGAGAUGUACAUUCUUAAUCAAAGCCAACGCAACCGUCUCGGCGGGUACGAACCGGUGCGGUUAGUGUUGGAUGAGUUUCUGCUCUGCUCCGGUUCGACGUUGGCCAUGAAGGCCCGUUCCAUCAACAGCACGACGAUUUCCUUUACCAUCAAAGCGUUUGCCUAUGAUUUGCUUGCAGAUCUCAACCUCCCGAGUAAUGACCGUGGUACGGCACUCUACUUCAAGCACCGGGGCAGCUGGGCCUUGCUCGGGUUUACCGUGUCCCGGGCUAGCCACCAGUGGACACCCGGUUCCGUCUGUCUGCCGACCGACAUCAUUACCUUCGACAUCCUCUACCCUGCCCUGCACUGGGUGAUGGACGCGUUGGACUAUGGUGACAGCGCCAACAGCUAGCUCGUAUGGCCGCAGGCGCCCCCCUCCCUUGGUCCAUUGUUCGCGCCGCGUAUUGGAAAACAAUAAAAAGCACCCCGUCCACCACCACCACCACCAUUUCCACCUGCGAUGCUAUGCGAGGGUGUAUGUCUGUUUGUGCCU